UCCCUCUGUUUACGGACCGCUGCUUCUUCAAUAACCCGUUCUUCCUGGUUCUCCGUUCUCUAACUGCCACGCCUCAUAACCUCCACGCCAAAUAUCUAGGAGACCGGUCAAUGUAAACAUCCAUCAGCGUGAACCAGCCUCUAAACCCCGAGAGAGCCGGAGCAGAACCAGUUCCAGGACCAGAAAACAACUGAAACAAAGACCGAAACAAGAACGAGGACAAGUGAAUUUAAAGUGACUUCCCACUAAAACCAAUCUUCUGGCUCCGUUAGAUCUGGGUUCAGUAUCAGGAGUUUUUCUGCAGAUCAGAACAAACCCGUUUGGACCGAGAGGUGGUUCCGACAAAGAUGAACAAACUUGUGCCGAUAACCCUGUUGGUCGUCAUUCUGCUGGGAGUCCUGUAUGUCUACAUCUACUCAAAUAACAGAUUUCGAUUCAAGCUUAGUGACACUGGAAUAAGUCAGCUUGAGCCUUCUCCUCAGGUCAUCUUUGUGAGUUCAGACUUUCACCUGGUGGCCCCAGAUGGGAUGAAGUACACACAGCCAAGCAUCACACAGGGCCGGACUGAUGUAGUCUCGGUGACUCCCUGGUUGGCUCCUGUUGUCUGGGAAGAGACCUUCAAUGAAAAACUUCUCGAUAGCAUCUACAUGAAGAAGAACAUCAGUGUUGUUGCCACGGUGUUUGCUGUUGGGAAGUACAUCAUGUUCUUAAAGGACUUCCUAGAGACGGCAGAGCAGUUUUUCUUUGUUGGUUUUAGAGUAUCUAUUUAUGUGUUCACUGAUCGUCCAAAUGAUGUUCCCCAUGUGAAAAUGGCUGAAGGAAGACAGCUGAAUGUUCUUCCAGUGCCUAGCUCAAACCGCUGGCAGGAAAUCUCUGCUCGCAGAAUGGAGCUUAUCCAAAAGCUGAUUGAGGAAAAGCUCAUCAAUAAAGCCGACUACAUUUUCUGUCUGGACGUUGAUUCAAAGUUCCAUGGUCGCUGGGGGACAGAGUCUCUGGGUGGACUGGUUGCUGUGAUUCACCCUGGUUACUACAGAGACGAUCGCAGCAGGUUUCCGUAUGAGCGGAGGCCCAUCUCAAGAGCCUUCGUGGCUCCCGGGGAUGGGGACUUCUACUACUGUGGUGGUGCGUUUGGCGGACUCAUUCAGGAGGUUCAUCAGCUUGCUAAAACCUGCCGGAAGAACUUUGAGGAUGAUGCCAAAGAAGGUAUUGAGGCUGCCUGGCAGGAGGAGAGUCACCUGAACAGGUACAUGUGGACCAACAAGCCCAGUAAGAUUCUGUCACCUGAAUAUCUGUGGCAGGACUUCAAGGCCAGAAACCCAGAAAUUAAAAUCAUCAGGUUCUCUGGAGUCGUGAAGAACUACGCUGCCAUCAGACCCAACUGAGCCUGGCUGAGUGUGACUGGGCUGGGCAGGUGCAGGAACAGAGGCAGUCUAUAACACUGUAACACAUCCAUCUCCACAAGCACUUUAUGUGACCUGACCAGUUCUCAUCUGGUCCCAGGAGUUCUACGCACCAACAUCACCUUUACUGAGCAAGAGUAACUGGACUCAUUUAACAGUGUCACUGUUUGAAUCUCCUCAUUAAAGUAACACACAAAUAUUCAAUCUACACAUGUACAUUCCUGCUGGGGUUUUGUGUACCACGAGUACUUUCAUGCUUCUGGAGUAAAGGUUUCAGGAGUAUUACAUUCAUUCUGCUGCUCCAGCUGUCGUAUUCCUAAAGGGUUUUCAAGAAAUUACAGGAAGUCGGCUCUAUUCAGCCUUUUAGUCAGCACUUCUGGUUGUGAAAACAUUAGAUUUUGUUGUUUUAUCAUCACUUAUGAAUCAGCACGGAUCUUUCUGAAACAUGGUCAACAUUCAUCUGGACCUGGCUCAGCCCCCUGGACCAUGAAGAGGGACCAUGUGGGUAAACGUCAGCAAAGUUAACAAACAUAAACCGUAAUGUAUCGCUGCAUUUGGUAACAUCUCAGACAGCCACCACUUUUCAUUUAGGCUUUCAAUGUUCUCUGUUGGGUUCUAUGUCUUUAGAGCAGGCAACAAUGUGUGUGGAUCAGCUCAUAGCGCCCCCUUCUGGCAGUUAGUAAACGUGGACUGGUAGUGGAGGGUUUUUGAUUUAGGAUUUUUUUAUUUAUUACAGGUCCUUAAAAAUUUGCAUAUUGUGAUUAAGUUCAUUAUUGUCUGUAAUGUACUGUUAAACAUUAAACUUUCAUAUAUAUUAGAUUCAUUACACACAACUGAAGUAGUUCAAGCCUUUUAUUGUUUCUAAUAUUGAUGAUUUUGGCAUACAGCUCAUGAAAACCCAAAAUUCCUAUCUCAAAAAAUUAGCAUAUUUCAUCCGACCAAUAAAAGAAAAGUGUUUUUAAUACAAAAAAAGUCAGUCUUCAAAUGAUAAUGUUCAGUUAUGCACUCAAUACUUGGUCAGGAAUCCUUUUGCAGAAAUGACUGCUUCAAUGCGGCGUGGCAUGGAGGCAAUCAGCGUGUGGCACUGCUGAGGUGUUAUGGAGGCCCAGGAUGCUUCGAUAGCGGCCUUAAGCUCAUCCAGAGUGUUGGGUCUUGCGUCUCUCAGCUUUCUCUUCACAAUAUCACCAAGGUGAUUGGGCUGUACUUCUGAGUUUGUUUGUGUUCUUCUUCUCAGGUGUGGAAACCCUCUUGUUUAUUAAACUCAGAGGAAAUUUAUGCUAAAUUAUUUUUAAGAAAUGUUUCCUGAAAAAUAGUUGGUUUAUUAAUUUGUCUUAAUGUUUGUGUUAAAAUAAAAUGUAACACCUCCGCAGGUGUGUUAAAGUCUUGGUCUGUUCAAAUCAAAGCUGAGUAUGUCUAACUCAUUAAACUGAACGCUGAUUGGUCUC